CAGCGUCCAGACCAGCCCAGGCACAGCAGCACAGCACAGCAGCUUCAGAGAGGCUGUUUUCUUUCCGCUUCAUUGACACAAUCCGGAUUUCACACCACACAACUACUUACCCACACAACACAUCUCAACAAAACGAAGUCUAUUGAAAAUGCCUCCUGAAAAGAAAAGAAAGACCGAGCCUGAAGACAAGGCAGAAGUCACUCAACAAGAAAACGCCGUCGCCGAGUCCACGACAGAGCCGAAUGAUCAAACCGCGACCGAUUCCAAGGAGGAGCCAUCGGUCACAGAAGCAGCGCUCGCAACGACGUCAUCUUCAUCACCACCGGUUCUAUCAGCCUCGGAGACCGCACAACCUGACACCGCAGCAACAUCUCAGUCCUCGUCAACUCCACCCACAUCCACCUCUGCUGCAGACUCUGCGGCCGCCAAAGCUCGCGAGCGUGCCGAGCGUUUCCGUGCCCUCCAAGCCCGCGCCAAGUCAUCCUCGCAGCAAAAUCUCAAAGAAGCCACCAAGGAAUCCCAGCGCCUCCAGAGCGACCCUAGCCAACUCACUGCCCUCGGCCGUCGCCACGCGAUUGCCUCCCACAAGCUGCUGAAAGCCGACAUUGAAGAUGCCGGGGGCGACUUUGAGCGCAAGCGGGCUUGGGACUGGACGGUCGAGGAAUCAGAGCGGUGGGACAAGCGCAUGAAAAAGAAGGAGGCGCACCGCGAUGACACUGCCUUCCGCGACUACAACCAACAAGCCGAAAAGUCCUACAAGCGGCAACUGCGCAACAUGGGAGGACCCGAUUUGGAGAGGUACACGCGCGAAAAGUUGGCGGCGAUCGAAAAGGCUGCGGCGGCUGGCACAUUGGAGAUUGUUGAGACAGAGGAUGGAGAGAUGAUUGCGAUUGAUAAGGACGGCACCUUCUUUAGCACGGCAGACUCGACGCAGUUCGCGCAACACAAGCCCGACAAGGCGGCCGUUGAUCGACUGGUGGCCGAUAUGCGCAAGGCCGAGGAGGCCAGCCUUAAGAAAAGGAGGGAGCGGAUGGCGAACAACGGCGACGAUGCGGACGUCACGUACAUCAACGAGAAGAACAAGCAGUUCAACCAGAAGCUGUCGAGGUUCUAUAACAAGUACACGGCAGAGAUUAGGGACAGCUUUGAGAGAGGAACCAUGGUUUAGGGUGACUCUGGGCUUCAUGCGAAGAGGAAACGGCGUUGAAGGAUUGA